CCUGGCGGAUACCAUGGGUGCUGGCCCCUAAGGCCUGGGUGGUGGGGGGCAGGUGGCCUGUGGGUGUGGGGGGGCCAGCGUGCCUACCCCAGUCUCUUGGCGUGCUGGAGGGCAUCCUGGAUGGAAUUGAAGUGAAUGGAACAGAAGCCAAGCAAGGUGGAGUGUGGGUCAGACCCAGAGGAGAACAGUGCCAGGUCACCAGAUGGAAAGCGAAAAAGAAAGAACGGCCAAUGUUCCCUGAAAACCAGCAUGUCAGGGUAUAUCCCUAGCUACCUGGACAAAGACGAGCAGUGCGUUGUGUGUGGGGACAAGGCAACCGGUUAUCACUACCGCUGUAUCACUUGUGAGGGGUGCAAGGGCUUCUUCCGCCGCACAAUCCAGAAGAACCUCCAUCCCACCUAUUCCUGCAAGUAUGACAGCUGCUGUGUCAUCGACAAAAUUACCCGCAACCAGUGCCAGCUGUGCCGCUUCAAGAAGUGCAUCGCUGUGGGCAUGGCCAUGGAUCUGGUUCUGGAUGACUCAAAGCGUGUGGCCAAGCGAAAGCUGAUCGAGCAAAACCGAGAGCGGCGGCGGAAGGAGGAGAUGAUCAGGUCUCUGCAGCAGCGGCCGGAGCCCACUCCUGAGGAGUGGGACCUGAUCCACGUUGCCACGGAGGCCCACCGCAGCACCAACGCCCAGGGCAGUCAUUGGAAGCAGAGGCGGAAAUUCCUGCCGGAUGACAUUGGCCAGUCACCCAUCGUCUCCAUGCCAGACGGAGACAAGGUGGACCUUGAGGCCUUCAGCGAGUUUACCAAGAUCAUUACCCCGGCCAUCACCCGCGUGGUGGACUUUGCCAAAAAACUGCCCAUGUUCUCCGAGCUGCCUUGUGAAGACCAGAUCAUCCUCCUGAAGGGGUGCUGCAUGGAGAUCAUGUCCCUGCGGGCGGCUGUGCGCUAUGAUCCCGAGAGUGACACUCUGACGCUGAGUGGGGAGAUGGCUGUCAAGCGGGAGCAGCUCAAGAACGGCGGCCUGGGCGUGGUCUCGGACGCCAUCUUUGAACUGGGCAAGUCACUCUCUGCCUUUAACCUGGAUGACACGGAAGUGGCUCUGCUGCAGGCUGUGCUGCUAAUGUCAACAGACCGCUCGGGCCUGCUGUGCGUGGACAAGAUAGAGAAGAGCCAGGAGGCAUACCUGCUGGCGUUCGAGCACUACGUCAACCACCGCAAACACAACAUUCCGCACUUCUGGCCCAAGCUGCUGAUGAAGGUGACUGACCUCCGCAUGAUCGGGGCCUGCCACGCCAGCCGCUUCCUUCACAUGAAAGUCGAGUGCCCCACCGAGCUCUUCCCCCCUCUCUUCCUGGAGGUCUUUGAGGAUCAGGAAGUCUAAAGCCUCAGGCGGCCAGAGGGUGUGCAGAGCUGGCAGGGAGGAGCCCGGAGAGGAGGGGCCCAGCUGGGGGCCCAGGGAGACCCCCACCUCCUCUCUCCUCCCUCUCAUCCUUGGAUAGAUGCAGCUCCCACGCACACCCCCCUCCCGCCCCCCUGCACUGCCCAGGUCCCCCAGAACCUCCAGCCCUGGGACAGGGCGCUCAGAUGAACUUGCUAUGAAAGGAUAGUUGGGAGGCUGGGACCUGGGUCCCACAGUUCCUGGGAGCCCCAUCCUGUGAGAAGUGGGGAAGGUACAGAGAACUCAGAGGGACGGGACAAGCCAUGCGACCUGACAGUAGGGAAAGGAGGAGUGUGGCUGGGGAUUGUGCCGUCGCGCAGGAGAGGGUCCUAGUGGUCCUUCGGCCAAGGUUUCCCCUCCAGGCUCAGGGCCUCAGUUUCCCCAGGCCCCUGAGCACAGAGGACAUCUUGGGCUGGGCUUUGCUCCUCCUCUGCCGGAGGUUAAAGAUGACAGUCAUCCUAACUGCACUUUGGAAACCAAGUGAGGGGAGAAGAUAAAUGAAGAAAAGCUAGACAGAAAAAGACAAAAAGAGCGAGUGACAGAGAGAUGAUAUUAAGUUAUUAACUGAGGCUGGCCAGAGGGGAGGACCUGUCCUCCUCACCCCAUGCACUUUGAGAGCUGCCCCCGUAGAUCCGAGACAGAUGCCCCAAUGUAUCCCCUCCCCAGGGGUUUGGCUGCCUGUCAGAGCUGUGAGUCAACACGACAGGGUCCUGGCCACCCCCUUGUCCCCCACCCCUGCCCCAGUACUUCCUCUGCUCUCUGCCACUCGUGCCCGCUGAGUUCCAUCUACCUCUCACGCUGGAUGCCAGCUGGCCCUCACCAGCCUGCCCUGCUGCCCGCACAGCUCCCCCUUUCAAGUGCCCAGCCCCAGAGGUCCCCCACACUGACCACCUUGUUCCCCACCUUGGCACCCACACAGGAAGAACGGCCGCCCGGCCCCUUCCCACCUCACAGACUGCAGUAUUACCUACAAUCCAAAUGCUGCUGGGGAGUGUGUGUGUGAGUGGCUCCCAGCACCUGCACCUCACCCUCCUCCUGGGCUCCCUCUGACCCCCUUGUUCUCUUCCCCAUCCCCUUCAAGACACUAGCCCAGCCCAGGGUGGGCCACACGGAAGAGGGGUGUUACAGCUCUGCUCUGCGGCCGGGGCAGAGGCAGUGGGCAACCCUCCUGUCCUGUUUGAAGCUCUUUAGGCCAGCUGCCACUCUGCCCCCCAACCCUUCCCCUCUCUUCUCUAAUUCAGGGACUUUGGCUUGAGCACCCCCCCCUCCUGUUCAGGAGGGCUGUGUCGGUCUGCACUUUGGGGUGCUGCCCCCCUCCUGCCCUCCUUCUGGCCAAAGCCCACUCCUCUGGGGAGACUGGGAGGGAGGAGGAAGGUUGGGGACAGAGCAGACAGGAGGGCCUUGGGCUCAGGGCUGCAUGCGUCGGCAGGGAUGGAUGGGUGGACGCAGAUGCCCCCGGAAGCCAUGGGGAACGGGUGGGGGCGGGGGAGGGGUGUCAGGGCUUCCUGCGCUUUGCACUAUUGGGGCACAAAUGUCUUAAGCAGUGGGGAACCUGCCACUCCACUCUGACCCUCAGCCUGCCACAGCCCCCUACACACACACACACACACACACACACACACACACACACACACGGAAGGUAAUGCCAUGCCACCAGCCUGGGCAGUGUCCCCCUCUCCCUAUCAGGUGUUCUGGCCCAGCCAGGGCCUGGGAACAUCAUGUCAUCCGUGCAUGUGCCUGCCCCACCCUCGGGGGCCAGCCCCCUUGCUGUCUUGUCUGUUUCCCCUCUCCUGGGGCACUGAUCCUGUAUCCUCUGGUCCAUGGCCAGGCUCACCCCGUCCUCUGCACCCAGGGCCCCAGUGGGGUUCCUGACCUGUCUGCUGUGUCCUCCCACCUGCCCCGUCCCCACUUUAGCUAUGGAUAUGCUGGCCUCUUAGGCACUUGGGAAUCCCCGUCCCCCCAAUCACAUGAGCUGUGACCCCUGCCCUGCCCCCGCCCUCCCCUCCUCCCAGUGAUGCGGGGUGUAUGUGCGCGUUUCUCUGUGUGAAUGUGUGCGUGAGUACACGGGUUGGGGGGCGCCAGGAGACUCAGGAGUGCCACACACCUGCUCUAGCGAGGCAGCUGUCCCAGCCCCUGCUGUGGAGUUAGGGACAGGGCCCUCUCCUGGGGGCCAUCGGUGCUAAGGAGGGGGAUGACCUUGCUGUGGGUGCUUCGCACGCCUCCUCCAGUGUUGGCCCAGGGCACUAGGGCAGGCAGGGCGGGGCAGCCAGUGCAGUACCGCUGGGAGGCCUGGUCACUGGGAAGAGGUUGUGGGGCCAGGCCAGGACAAGGGGGUGCCAGAACUAUGACCACUACCCCACCCCCACCCCGCCUCUCCAUCUCAGUAUUGCCCUUCCCAUCACUUAGAACACACAUACCUCAUCCAGCCUCCCCUCUGCUCAGACAUGGGGAGGGCGGGGAGACCCUCCCCCCUCCCCUGGGUGGCACGGGUCUGCAGGGCUGGGAGAGGGCAGGGCGGGUAACACAGACACCGUCCAUAAGGGGGACAGUACUUCCUGCCCUGGGCUCCCCUGGGUGGGGGGAUGGGGACACUGCCCAGAGGCGCUACUGAAUGUUCGAGAAGCUGGUGCUGGGGUGGGGGGAGGGAGGGUCCCUUCCCCAGGGAGGGGGGGCUGGGAGGGGUGACUUAAGGGGCUCCUACUCCUGCCCCACGUUGACAAUCAGUAUGUCUGUUAUGUGCGAUUUUUCACCCCGUUUGUUUUGGGUCAGGAUUUUAAAGAAAGAUAUUUUUAUGGUAAUUGUUGCUCGUCUAUUUUACUAUAUAUUUAUGUAAUAAAUAUAUGAUGAAAAUA